AUGUUUGUUAACCCUUCGACUCGCUGUAUACCUCCAUUGAGUCGGUCUCUUCCUCAUCGCUCACGUCUCGCUUUCUAUCGAGCCUCUUCACGGCCCUUUUUCGCCAAAGAAACUAUUGCUCCCAGGAGAGCUUCCAGGAUCGUCUUCGUUCGCUCUCAGAAUCCCGGUUCCGGUGGAUCAGUGUCCAAGAGAUCCGUGAACAUGACUGAUUCAGAGCCCCCGAUCGGGUCUUCGAGUUCGUCCACGUCUUCGGCGAUCGAUUUUCUUACUUUGUGUCAUCGUCUCAAGACCACAAAGCGGAAGGGAUGGAUCAAUCAGGGCAUAAAAGGCCCUGAAUCAAUUGCUGACCAUAUGUAUCGUAUGGCUUUGAUGGCUUUAAUUUCCGGCGAUUGUCCCGGUGUAAAUCGAGAAAGAUGUAUUAAAAUAGCGAUUGUACAUGACAUUGCAGAGGCUAUCGUUGGGGAUAUAACACCAUCCGAUGGUAUCCCCAAAGCAGAAAAGAGCAGAAGGGAGCAAGAAGCGUUAGAUGAAAUGUGCAAAGUUCUUGGUGGAGGGAUGAGAGCUGAAGAGAUUAAAGAACUUUGGGCAGAGUAUGAAAAUAAUGCUUCCUUGGAGGCUAAUCUUGUGAAAGAUUUUGACAAAGUUGAGAUGAUUUUGCAAGCAUUGGAAUAUGAAAUGGAACAUGGGAAGGUGUUGGAUGAAUUCUUCCUUUCAACAGCAGGAAAAUUUCAAACUGAAAUAGGAAAGAGUUGGGCAGCUGAGAUUAAUUCGAGGCGAAACUCAAGGUUGCCAGUCAGGCCUAAUUGACCCACUACUCUACUAGUUCGGCCACAAUUUUCUGUGCCGAUAUCUGCUAUGGCUUUCUAAUCCAAAAUCAUCUAGGGAAGGCCAUUUUCUCCUAGACGGGCAUUGCACACAGCGUUUGUGAUCUUUGACUCCGGAAGAAUUUUUUUGGGAGAGAAUAUAAGGUGAUUCAUCAUUGCUACUGGAUGACCAAAGCUCGCGAUUUUCAUAAAUUCAUGAUAAUUGAUUUUGUAUCCUCAGGUGCUGGCUGAUUAUCAUGUAAUAGCUGUCUUGAUCUUGUAUUAAACGGAAUUUUUAUUUGGCUAAUAGGUUAAACUAGUAACUCACUUAACGAAGGUGGACAAUCAUUUGAAGCAAACUUAGAGAAGCAGGUUGGCUUCUACAUAGUUUAUAGCAUGUUUCAAUCUUCUGCAA